CCCAAGAGAGAGAAAGAGAAAUUGCACAUUGAGUUAGUUAGAUGUUAAAGUUCAUUAAAUUCAGCCACCAAAAGUUAGAAAACCACUCUUUCUAUAUCAACACCUACUAUUUAAUUUCAACUUACCUAUUUGUUCACACUUUACCUUGAAAUUUGAAUCCUUGAUCUGCAGCAUAUAAAUCACAUAGCUAAGAGUAUCAAAACAGAUCAAAACAACCAAAUGGCCACCAUCACCACCACCACCACCAGAGUGGUUGCAUUUGCUGCAUUAGUCCUUGCACUGGCAUGUCAUGGCAUGAGUGCUCAAUCUCUGGCACCGGAAUCCGCUUCAGCACCGUCUCCGGCAGGCGUUGACUGCUUCACAGCACUGACAAAUGUGUCAGAUUGCUUGACAUUUGUGGAAGCUGGGAGCAAUCUGACAAAACCAGACAAAGGGUGCUGCCCUGAGUUUGCAGGGUUGAUAGAAAGCAAUCCUAUCUGCUUGUGUCAGCUGCUGGGAAAGCCUGAUUUUGUUGGCAUCAAGAUUAAUCUGAACAAAGCUAUCAAGCUUCCUUCAGUUUGUGGUGUGGAUACACCCCCUGUUAGCACCUGCUCUGUUAUUGGAGUCCCUGUGUCCUUGCCUCCAUCAAGUGAAGGUUUGGCACCAGGAGGAUCAGCAACCAGUCCUUCAAAUGCACCUUCUUCCGGUGGUCCAAGCCCUUCUUCUGAUGAAGCUGCUGUCGGUACUUCUGGAAACAAAAAUGGAGCUUCAGGCAUUCAAGCAUUUUCCCUGCCGACUUUCAUUUUCGCCCUUUCCACUCUUUUUGUCUCCACAUUCUUCUGAUUUUAUACACAUCUCUCCAUGUCAUUAAUUAAUUUCAUAAAUCUUUCAUUUAUCUGCAUGUUGAAAGCUGCUUUGACUGUGAAGCCUUUGUUGUAAUUUGAUGCAAUCUUCCAUUUGUUAGUACCAUCAUUAUUAUUAUUAUUGAAUCACACACUUCAAUUAGGACC